AUGUCGCUACAACUUUCCACUAGUGCCGCCGCCACCACCUCCCCGCUUACAUCCAUCUCAACCCCUGUUUCCGAACUCCCCCAGGCGCAGGUGGAUGCAAUCAUUCGCACCAAACGCAAGGCGCGCGAACCCAAAGCCUGCUACCCCUGUCACACCCGCAAGGUAAAAUGUGAUCGCAAUCUGCCCUGUGACGGCUGCGUCAAGCGAGACCAUGCGGAUCUGUGUUCGUACGAACGGCCCUCGAAAAAGCGGCAGGUUGCUGCAGCCCAAGCGUAUGUUGCAGCUGCAACGACAGCAGCGACCACCAGCAAUGGAGCUGAGCCUGGCAGUCUCCAAGUGAGCCCGACGGAGCUGCAAGUUGCCACUACGGGUGCUGCAGGUAAAGUGGCUAUUCCCAAGGAGGAAUGGGAGACAGUCUGCGCCAAGUUGAAGGAUAUGGAAAAUAUGAUCUCAUCGCUUCGGAUGGGUCUCGAGCAGGUGGAGUCUGCCCAGCCUAUACCAUCAACGAUCCCAAGUGCUAGUUCAGGUGCUCGUUCGGCGGAUAGCUUUCCAGACCGCGAAGGAAUUCAUGCGUCGAAUGAGCUGGGGAAUGGGACCGUACAUCUGGGAUCAAGGUCCGUCUUGGCCUACCUGCUUGGUCGAUCAGGCACUUCGCAAGAAGCUUCCCAGGCGUUACUUGAAGGGGGCAUUCUUCCGAAGCUGGGACUUGAUAAUGAAUCGGCUACAUACCCGUUCGUUGAUCUCUGGUCAACGGAUAUACGUACAUUCGACAUGCGUGCUGUCUGUGCGGUUUUACCCGACGAUGACCAGUGCAGGAUGUUCAUUCGAAGUUACCGUGAUAUCAGCACAACAAUCUAUCCGGUUAUUCCUGAUAUCGAUCAGUUUGAAGCGAAUCUAAAUACUCUCCUGCAAAACAGGAUGCUGUGGGGCGGUCUUCAGCAAGGAUCUAGUGAGGAUACGGACAAGCCCUACGGGAUGAGCCUGGCUUUUGUUGGGUUGCUCUUCGCCGCACUGGCUGCGGGGUGCCAAUCAUCCGACCUUCCUAGCAAGGAGAGGGAGUUGACCUCCCAAGUUUACGGUAUGACUCUAAGAAUGGGUCUUGCUCUUGGUUUACACGUAGAGUCGAACAGGUUUUCAUCUGCUGAAAGAUACAUUCGGCGAAGAGUUUGGUGGUCGAUGGCAUGGCAAGAUAGUCACUUCUCCUUGUCGUAUGACAGGCCAUCCACGAUGGCGUUUAGCCAACCAGAUAUACCCUACCAUUCGACCUCACAGCCAGGGCACCGCUCUUACUUCGAAACUCUCAGCCGGAUAAUCUCACUCACCUUGGAAAUUCUCAAGGGGCGCAUGCUAUCACCGCAGUCGCACAUGGGGGUCACUGUCAUCCAGGCAUACAGGGAUGAACUUCAAAAAAUCAUGACAGAUGUAUCCCCACACCUCCGCGACCCGGCAUCCUGCCUCACCCACUUCGACCACAUCCAAAGAUUAGCAUUGAAACUACACUCAUCUUAUGUAACGUCAGAACUCUGUCGACCCGCAUUGAAGAAUGCCGAGUCAAAGGACCCUUCCUGGGUAGCCAUGCGCAAGGAUUGCGUCGCCGCCCUCGCCCGCACCAUCGAGGCCUAUAUAGAAUUAUAUUCGAUCAGUCCCCAGGCUGGGCGAUCAUGGAUCGGUCUGCAACGCGCAAUCAGUUCCGCCUUCCUCCUCGCCGUGAUUGGCGAAUCUAAAAACGACCCGUACAUUUUGCAACUACUCCGCCGGCUUGAAUCAGUGAUAGCAGAACGUGCAGCGUCUGAAGGUGCCUUUAACGCCCCUGCUACCGCUACCGGCCCAAGCACAGCUGGCACUGCAGGGAUGCACUCACCGCAACAGGCAUACCGUGCCACGAAGAUAGAGCGUUCUGACAUGAUCAAUGGCACUACAAACAUAUCCACUCCAAGCUACGACCCGGUAUCAGUCUCCAUCGCCUCUACUGCCCCGCUCCCCAUCUCUGUUGUAGCCGACACUCAGACCCAGUGGGCAAAACCCUUAACCAAAUCGCUCCGUGCCCUGCAAAAACUCAACGCCGCCUUCAGCAUGCAGGCGCAGCACAAGAAAAGCCCGUCGGCGGCGCCGCUGCAUAUGGUCGUUCAUGGCUGCGCUAACACUGGCAGCACAAACAACACCGGCACCGCCGCCAUACCCACGCCGUCGUCCACUUCCCCGCCUAGUGUUGGAGGUGGGUUCGCCGUGUCGACAACGGGAAGUAGCGCUGCGGGUCUAACCCAUCCGGCAAAGCCUGAGUCGCUCCCGCCACAUACGCCGGAGAGUACGACGAGUGGAGAGUGGACGUUGCCGAAUUUGAUGGAUCGGGCGGCGGAGUAUAUUCAUCCACCGUUGUGGGCGUGA